AUGCAGAACGAAGAAGGUCAAAUCACUGAGCUUUACAUUCCAAGGAAAUGUUCAGCGACAAACAGGUUGAUCACUUCAAAGGAUCAUGCUUCAGUGCAGCUCAACAUUGGUCAUCUCGAUGCUGAUGGUAUCUACACCGGCCAAGCCACCACAUUUGCUCUCUGCGGUUUUGUCCGUGCUCAGGGUGAUGCUGACAGUGGAAUCGACAGGCUCUGGCAGAAGAAGAAGGUUGAGACAAAACAACAGUAA